AUACAUACGUAUAUAUAUAUAUGUAAGGCGUUAUUCAACGAGCAAACACGUCCAUCCGACCCUGUAAAGCGCCCUCCUUCGCGCCUCGCCCAACUCCCCAUCACCCUCUUUCUCUCACUCUUUCUCUCACUCUUUUUCUCGUCCUUUUUUUCACACACCCUCUCUCGACAGUCAGUCUGUCAGUCAGUCACGCACCCGACUUUUAGACAGACAAACCACCCACACGCCUAAUACCACACAACACCCACACCCUCGACAUGCACAGCAGCAGCAGGAUCGCCACCAUCACAACACUGCUGGGUGCCCUGACGGGCGCGGCCCUCGCGCUCGUCCAGCCGGGGCAGCAGCAGCCACAGCCGCAGCCGCCGGCAGUGACGCCACCGGCGGUGCUGCAUCCGGCGGCGGCUCGCUUUCUCCGGCUCGACGACCGCGACGGCUUGUCCGACCUGGUGAGCGAUGAGUUUUCGAGCCUGCGCGGGGACGUCUCCGACGUGCCCGGCGACGUGAGCUCCCACAUCUCGGAGGUCACGCGGGCGCUGAGCACCAUCAGCACGGGCGACGUGGCCAAGUCGUCGACCUGCUGGCAGCUGUACAACUCGUUCGCCCAGUCGGUCGGCCAGCCGCAGCCGCCCGAGACCAACACGGCGCUGGCCUCCUGGCUGGCCUCGUCCGUCCUCCACGUCGGCGGCGUCCUGGCCGGCAACGACCGCGACGGCGACCUGCUCACCGCCACCGAGCUCAUCCAGAGCUCCCUCACCACCGAGUGCGACCCCAGCCUCACCGCCACCGUCACCCCGCCCGCCUCCCUCAGCUCCGCCUGGUCGACCUGGAAGGAACACUCGAGCGCCUGGAUCGCCCAGGCCGUCCCGGCCGCCCACAGCAUCGCCGACCGCUGCGGCGGCGUCGUCGGCGCCCAGGUCCAGAUGCUCAUCGUCACCGACUCCGAGUCCUGCACUAAGGCCGUCCUCGAUCUCGUCCACGCCGUCCACGGCGGCGGCGGCAACGACGGUGAUCACGGCCACACCAGUGGCGGCGGUGGCUCGCACACCACCAGCGCUUCCGAGGCGAGCACCACCUCGUCCGUCUCGCCCUCGCUCACGAGCGGCGCGAGCGAGCCCUACGUCUCGCCCACCGGCGGUGCCGGCGGCGGCGGCGGCGGCGACGACGACGGCAACGGAGGCUCGGAGGAGGAGCAACCCACCGGAACGGCUGACUCCGGCCGCACGACCGGCCUGCCCACCGCCGGCGCGCCCAAGGAGACCGGGUUGGCUGUGUUCAUGGUGGCCGCCGCUGCGGCGGUUGCUGGCGCCGUUGUUGUCGGCCUGUAAAACAGAGGGCAAAGUGAAAAGUUUAGCAACGAAGGCCGAGUGCGGGAUAUGCCUGGGCCUGGGCUUUUUUUUCCCAGCAGGAUGAAUGCGUGGACAGAAGAAGAUGCUGCAGUUCUCGUGUUUGAUGGAAGCAUGGUAGUCUAGCAGUAGUUCCCA